UUCAUUCUUCAUCAUGGCUGGACCGGUACAGAUUUUGAUCGCUAUUUUGGUGAUUUUGUCGCCUCUCCUAUGUUCAUCUGAGAAAGCAAUACCUUUGGUGGCAUGGUCAAAUACGAGAUCCCUAGCCGACACACCAAGGAUUUCCGCUGGUAAGUUGAUUACCAGGGAAGAGCUUGGGACCAGUUACAUGGACAACAUUCUGCAGACGCAACCACAGAAUAUAUUCCUAUUUGUUUUUGAUGAGUUGAGCAUUGGUGACAUUUCUAAAUACAGCGAUGCCUACAGACCUGAUGGACACGGAGGUGCUUUGAGCAACCUCAAAAAAGCGAUGGAGGAGUCAUCCUCACACCUUGUGCUGCCAACAGUAGAGUCCAGUGACCUCCAAGCUGACCUGAGUUCAAAGGUCACUGGUGCCACAAUUGACCUGAAGGAACCGACCCUAGAGGGUGUGACCCUUGACCUGGCUAAGACUAACCUCAUCGUGAAGCGAUUCGCUGUUGGUUCCAGUGCUGACAAGGAAGAAGCGUUUGCCAGAGCGGAUGGAAUCAUGAAAUCAAUUGUUGAAGAUCAGAAGAUGCGCUCCGUCCGCUUCACAGCAAUCUUGACUGCCGAGAGAAAGACACAGUUGGAGCCAGCACCAUCAGACAGACUGACUGUAGGGCGUCGCCUCCUCCAAGACCCAACCCCAGAGUUUGUUGCCAACUUCAAAAAAGACCCAUGCAAUGUCUACGUGACUGCCGCCGCAAUCGGUGUUUCCAUAACCAAAUCUGGGAAGCCAGUACCUCUACCAGUCCAGGCCAGUGACUGGAAGAUCAACGGGACGUGUACUGAUGAGAAUUCUGUGACACUGGUCGCCACUUUGUCAAAGAGCGUUGCCCAGGGCCCAGAUAGCUUCUCCAUGAGCCUGAGUUUCACAAAGGACUUCCAGUACUGGAUCCUGGCAUCAACGAGUUUCGUUACCAUGGAGACGGACGGAAACCCCCAGAAAUACGAUCUGGUUACCAGCAUUGACGAAUCACCAACGACGUUCUCGUAUCAUUGUUCCAAUAGUGUCUUUCGCCUUGUUCCGCAGGGAGGCGGUAAGGAGACACGACAACUCGUGUUCACAGAACUUCAGAUUCAACCAUUUCAGAUAACGGCCAAGGAGGGGGUUGACCAGUUCGGACCGGCCAAUGACUGCGUUGGAUUCUUUACUGAGGGAAUCUGGAUGGGGCUUUUCAUGGGGCUUAUAAUAGUCUUAAUCUUCUCCUUUGGUAUAGGCAUGCUGGCCAAUCUUAAAGUUAUGGAUAAAUUUGACGAUCCGAAGGGUAAAACGAUUUCAGUCAACACGGGGGAGUAGUACGGAUUGUUACGUUAUAUGGGGGGUUAGUAUUGGUAAUGUUGUUUUAAUGUAUGUGAGUUUGUUUGUUUAUGCUGUAUAAGGUACUCUGUAAUUAAAAACUAAAAUUGUAAGGCGUUACAAGAACGUUGUUGCUUGAAAUGUGUGAUGUCAUAUGUUAUACUUAAGCAUUCCACUCCAAUAGAACUUAUGCUAGACCCCUCAAAAAGGCUACUUUGGGGGUAAACCUUCAAGUAAAAACAGUAAGUAGUCAAACUCCAAGAAACGUAAAAAUCUGUCUUAGUGUUCUUUCAAAGUGUAACUUACUGUUCACCCCUAUAAUGUUAACAGAUCUUAGUAUUAAAGAUGAUGUCACAGUUUGUUUAGCAUUUUGCAGAAGAAACCAUUGUGUUUCUGCACAACUGUUGAAAAUGCAGUAUGUCACAUUCACACAUGGAUUACAUACAGGACUAGCGCCCUCUAAAGUUCAAUCCCUCACUCGUGUACCUUUCCAUCAACAUGGCAGCCAAGUGUUAACGUGAUUAAAGCUACCAAAGUUCAAGACAUAAGCUGAGUCUCUCCUCUCUCUAAAUGCCAGCAGGAGGCAUUACACAUUACCCCGUUAUCACACUUGAGCAAUGCUGUAAACAAACUGUGGCAUCAUCAGUACAAAAGGUCUAAUUUUCCCUUUUUGCUGUUGGCAUGAAAACAGUUUGGAGGAAAUUAAAAACGGCUCAAUCCUUGUUAAUGAAACUCAAAAGCAUUUUAGUACAUUCUGUCAUAUUGAAGAAGUCAUCUACAAGACUUUUUCCCUCGAUUACUGUAGGAGAUUGCUAAUGUUUAUUUUUUGACUAAGUGUGAAUGUCUUGUUUAAAAGCAUCUGUAAGUUGUGCAUUAGACUUGUCCAAGGCCCUUUACAAAAGUGCCCCUGCUUGUUUGCCGGUGCAACCACACUCGAGCCAGGCAGACAUGUACCGCACAUUCAUGUACGUGUGACAGCAUCAAGUAAAGCAGUUUUUGCAAGCUCACAUAGGCUGGGGAUCACUCGGAAAGUGUAGGUUUGUGUGUGUAUUGGUGCUGUCGGGCUAGCCAUGGAGCUCGGGGAUCAGACAAUUUAAGUAAUUUUUCCAAGGGCAAACGAAUCCUAAAUCGGACUAAGUAGGAAGAAAAGCCUGAUAUUAUCAUGCGACUUCACCAGCCUGCUAAUUAAACACUGACCAGUCCAAUGUAAACCACACUAUAAUCCUGACCUCUCAAUAUAAAACAUUUGUGUUACACUACACUACAUGUACAUCCUUGGUUAGGCCGUGUCCGAACCUAUGGCUACCCCUACGACCGGAUUGCAAUCUCCUCAGUGAUGCUAAAUGAUAGUUAACCCAGGCUUAUCCGAUCAUUAUGCAAAUUUGUAUUAAUCAAUGUAUGACUAUAUUGUUACUCAAUAAUGAAUGUAAACAAACAUAAAUGCAUCUGUAAACUUUGUGAUAGAAAUUUAUUAAUCCAAAUAAAUCAAAAAUAUACAUACA